AUGGCACAAUGCUGUUUUCGUCCAUUGUCCAUUGCAAAAGGUGAAUACCUCACGCUGUUGCACAAGUGUGAAGUGAGCCAUGUGUGUAUCAGCGUCAAGUGGGAACCACUUGUGUGUAUCAGCGUCAAGUGUGAUCCACUUGUGUGUAUCAGUGUGAAGUGGGAGCCACUUGUGUUUAUCAGUGUGAAGUGUGAGCCACUUGUGUGUACCAAUGUGAAGUGUGAGCCACGUGUGUGUAUCAGAGUGAAGUUUGAGUCACUUGUGUGUAUCAGAGUGAAGUGUGAGCCACUUGUGUGUAUCAAUGUGAAGUGUGAGCCACGUGUGUGUAUCAGAGUGAAGUGUGAGCCACUUGUGUGUAUCAGUGUGAAGUGGGAGCCACUUGUGUUUAUCAGUGUGAAGUGUGAGCCACUUGUGUGUAUCAAUGUGAAGUGUGAGCCACGUGUGUGUAUCAGAGUGAAGUGUGAGCCACUUGUGUGUAUCAGUGUGAAGUGGGAGCCACUUGUGUUUAUCAGUGUGAAGUGUGAGCCACUUGUGUGUACCAAUGUGAAGUGUGAGCCACGUGUGUGUAUCAGAGUGAAGUGUGAGUCACUUGUGUGUAUCAGAGUGAAGUGUGAGCCACUUGUGUGUAUCAAUGUGAAGUGUGAGCCACGUGUGUGUAUCAGAGUGAAGUGUGAGCCACUUGUGUGUACCAAUGUGAAGUGUGAGCCACGUGUGUGUAUCUGUGUGAAGUGUGAGACACGUGUGUAUCAGAGUGUAGUCGUCAAGUGGGAGCCACUUGUGUUUAUCAGUGUGAAGUGUGAGCCACUUGUGAGUACCAAUGUGAAGUGUGAGCCACUUGUGUGUAUCAAUGUGAAGUGUGAGACACGUGUGUAUCAGAGUGAAGUGUGA